AGCUCUGUGCCAUUAAAAAACUGUUGGGGCUGGAGUGCUAUGUUCCAGGUGUUGCAAAUGUUGCCCUGAGAAGCAAGAGUAGUUGUGUUCUUGGGGUCAAGGAUCAAGAGAAAAGAUGAAUCAAAAAUUCAAAACAUGGAGUAACAUCUGUGCUCUGAUUUCAGCAGUUCGUCAUCGGUGGUGUGAACUUGUUGUUAAACACAAAUAUGUGUCUGGAUAUGGAGAUAUUGAGAAAUUUCUCAGAGAAGAUCAGGCAAUGGGUGUGUAUCUCUAUGGUGAAUUAAUGGUAAACGAAGAUGCCAAACAACAAGAGCUUGCAUACAAAUGCUUUGCUGCAGCACAAGAACAAAUGGAUAUGUCCUCAGCCAAAGUGGUGGCAGAGAUGUUAUUUUGAAGAGGAAAUGGCAGCUCCAGUCGGAAACAACCACUUACGGCUGCUGCUGUUGUCCCGAGCAUGGAUGGACCCGUCCUCCGGUGCCUACUGAGCUGAUAUCAGUUCUGAUUUUACACACUGGCUCAGUUCAGCAGGAACAGGAGUCGAGCCCUAAAGCAAAAA